UGCCACCGGUGCCUCAUUCAGUUCUCCCUUUUUCUUGGCUCUCUUAGCUCCACCAGCACGCACCUCUGAUGAGAGAUGGCCUCUGCCUCUGGAAUCCAAAUACCAGCUCUCACCCUGCUGCUCCUCUUGUUUCCAGAAAUCAUCCAUGGCUGGGGAGUAGAUGGCCACUUGACGGUGUGCCAGAUAGCACAGGCUCGUUUAAGUGAUGCAGCAGCAGCAGCAGUAAAGGAGCUGCUCCCAAGCUCUGCUGAUAAUGAUCUAAGCAGUCUUUGCUCGUGGGCGGACAGGGUUAAGUUCCACUAUCGGUGGUCUUCGGAACUUCACUUCAUUAACACACCAGAUGUCUGCAACUACAACUACAACAGAGACUGCAAGGAUGAAAGUGGGGAGAAAGGUAGGUGUGUUUCAGGAGCAAUCACAAAUUAUACCAAUCAGCUUCUCACCUAUGGAAAAUCUGCUGCUGAUAGUCCAUAUAACCUCACAGAAGCACUUCUAUUCCUCUCUCACUUCAUGGGGGACAUUCAUCAGCCAUUACAUGUAGGUUUUGCCUCAGAUAAGGGAGGGAAUACUAUUGACGUCCAUUGGUACAGAACGAAAACAGUGCUCCACCAUGUGUGGGAUGAUAACAUUAUUGAGACAUCAGUUAAACAAUUCUAUGAGUCCAAUGUGGAAGACUUUGUCGAUGCAAUCAAACAAAAUAUAACGGGAGACUGGUCAAAUCAAGUUCUCGAAUGGGAAACAUGCACCAAUAACAAAAUUGUAUGCCCGGACGUAUAUGCUUCUGAAAGUAUCACUGCAGCAUGUGAUUGGGCAUACAAAAACGUGACAGAGGGUUCAGUGUUAGAAGAUGACUAUUUCCUCACCAGAUUGCCAGUGGUAAACCUGAGACUAGCUGAAGGUGGGGUUAGGCUAGCUGCAACACUCAACCGAAUUUUCUGAUGAAGGCUCAAAUCUAACUCUCCUUAUUUCCAAAGGAAAAAGGAAAGAGGGAAAAGAGGCUCAAAUAUUGCUUCUUUAGUGUUGCUCAUUGAGAUCUACAUGCAGUUAGUCAUCUGGAAUUCAAAUAGUUAAUUGAUUGAAGUGUUGGUACUAGUUUGUAUACUAUGGUUUGUAACUUGAUACUAUUUUUAAUUAGAUAUUGGCAAAUGUAUCAUCAUAUAACUUUCAAUCAAACCAGUCACUGCUUCUCCAUGAGAUAAAUUUGAUAUUA